AUGGCGGCAGACAUGGCGCUCUUCUUCGUGGUUGCUGGAUUGCUGACGACAGCUCUCUCAGGUCACCCACCUCUGACCCCAUCUGACCAGCCCAACACCACCAGUGCAGAGAGCCAGACCUUGGAGCCAGGGGAGCGACUCCAGGUCCGUCUUGUGAAUGGGAGCAGCCACUGCGACGGGACAGUGGAGAUCUGGUUCAGGCAGUCGUGGCAGCCCGUGUGCGGGGUGCUCUGGGAGCUCGAUACUUCCCACGCCCUGUGCAGCUGGCUGGACUGCGGCCAGGCUCACCCGCUGGAACUGCCGGUCCUACAGACCCCGGAGCCACCGCCCGGGGCAGCCGCGGGGAACGCCAGCUGGGCGCAGAACACCACGUGGGUCCUGGCCCCUGCGGUCCAGUGCAGCCGCCCCGAAUGGCUGAGCUGCAAGGUGGUGGAGCGCGGCUGCCGCAGCGAAGAGUGGCCGGCCCAGGUCAGCUGUACAGAAAAACGCGAUUUGAAAUUGGUGGGUGGUGGCAGCCCAUGCGAGGGCCGAGUGGAGAUGCUGGAGCACGGCCAGUGGGGUUCGGUGUGUGACGACACGUGGGACCUGGAGGAUGCUCACGUGGUGUGCCGGCAGCUGGGCUGCGGCUGGGCCGUCCAGGCCCUGCCCGGCUUGCACUUUGCCCCUGGCCAAGGACGCAUCCACCGGGACCAAGUGAACUGCAGCGGGUUGGAGACUUACCUGUGGGACUGCCCGGGGCUGCCCGGAAAUGGGUAUUGUGGCCACAAGGAGGACGCUGGAGUGGUGUGUUCAGAGCACCAGUCCUGGCGCCUGACCGGGGGCACUGACCCCUGCGAGGGGCAGGUGGAGGUGUACUUCCGAGGGGUCUGGAACACAGUGUGUGACAGUGAGUGGUACGACUCAGAGGCCAACGUGCUCUGCCAGGACUUGGGCUGUGGGACCGUGGCCCGGGUGCCCAAGGGGCUGCCCCACUCCUUGUCGGGCAAGAUGUACUACUCAUGCAAGGGAAGGGAGUCCACUCUCUCCAAAUGCUUCUGGCGGUUCAACAACUCCAACCUCUGCAGACAGUCCCAGGCAGCCAGGGUCCUCUGCUCAGGUGCCCGGAGUCUGCUCAAUCUGUCCACUACUGAAGUCCCUGCAAGUGGUCAGCCGGUCACUGUGGAAUCUUCUGUGAUGGUGAAAACGAAGGACUGGGAACCUCGAGAACUAAUGCUCCUCAUCCCCUGCAUCAUUCUGGGAGUUCUCCUUCUUGUCUCACUCGUAUUCAUAGCCAUCAUCCUCUUGAGAAUUAAAGGAAAAUACGCCCUCCCCGCUGUGGUAAACCACCAGCACUCACCCACCACCACCCCGGCAGGGAUGGAAAACUAUCAAGAGGUCCCCAUCACCAUCACCAAAGAAGUUCCCAAGCUGCCCAUCCAGGUCCAGGCCCCGCCCCCCGAAGACUCGAAUUCCAGCUCGGACUCAGACUAUGAGCACUAUGACUUCAGAACCCAGCCUCCUGUGGCCCUGACCACCUUCUACAAUUCCCAGCGGCACCGCUUCACAGAGGAGGAGGCCCAGCAGAACAGGUUCCAGAUGCCCCCCCUGGAGGAAGGACUGGAAGAAGUGCAUGCUUCCGAGGUCCUACCUGCCAACCCUGAACACUGCAUUACAAACCCUCCCUCCCUGGGCCCUCCUCCACAUCCUCCAAGGAGCAAAAGCAGCUCCAGCACAUCUUCGGGGGAGGUGUACUGUAAUAGCCCCAACAGCAAGCGACCUCUAUGGAACUCUCAAGUGUUUUCAUCAGAGAAGAACCCCCUCCUGGAGCAGGCCCCCAACUUGGAGCUGGCUGGCUCCCAGGCAACUAUUCCAGCAGGGCCCUCAGCUGAUGACAGCUCCAGCACCUCCUCUGGAGAGUGGUACCAGAACUACCAGCUGCCGCCCCAGCCUCUUCCUGCUGAGCAGUUUGGAUGUCCAGGGUCCCGCGCUCCCCAGCCUGACUCCUCCUCCAAUGAAGAAUACGACGACAUCGGAGCGGCCUAG